AGCAAGAACAGCAGGAUGGCUCGACAAAAUGAAAAUAUAUUUAAUCUAAGACUAAGGGAAUGGCUUGGGGUCCCAGCAUACUCUGCUCGUGUGGCUCAGUUUCCAAAAGCUGAAGACCCUGCAUCUCCAACUCUGAAUGAACCGUGGAGGAAACUAAGCUGGGGAGAAAAACAGAAGAGCCUUAAAUAUGUGCAGGAAUACAAACCUGAACAAGACGACAUCAGGUACCUGAGAGUCCUCCUGUAUGGACCCGUCGGAGCUGGAAAGUCCAGUUUCAUCAACUCCGUCAGUAACGUCCUCAGAGACCGGAUUACAACUCCUGCUUUGGCCAGCGCGACCACGUCUGAUAAAAGCUUCACCAAAAAGUAUGAAACUCAUAAAUUCUAUAAAGGACGAGGAAGCUCAAAAACAUUUUAUCCUCUGGUCUUCAAUGACAUCAUGGGUCUGGAAGAUGGAACCGACAGAGGAGUUCAUGCUGACGACAUCAAACUGGCUUUGAGAGGACAUGUGAAGGAAGACCACAAGUUCAACCCAGUUGCUCCUCUAACUCAGGAUGACCCAGGCUACAACCCGACUCCCUCUGCUGAUGACAAAGUUCAUGUCCUGGUCUGUGUGAUGUCAGCCAACACUCCACAGAUGAAAUCAUCAGUUCUGGAGAAGAUGAAGAGCGUCAGAGAAACAGCCAGUGACCUGGGAAUUCCUCAGAUGGCCAUGAUGACGCAUAUAGAUGAAGCCUGCGGUGAAACUGAGAAAGACUUGAGGAACGUCUACAAGAGCAAGUAUCUGAGAAAAAAGAUGAAAGACUUCAGCGCAGCAGUGGGAAUCCCCAUGAACUGCAUCUUCCCUGUGAAGAACUACAGUGAAGAAAUCGACUUGAAUGAUGAUAUUGAUGCUCUGAUCCUGAGCGCUCUGAGGAAAAUGGUCGACUUUGGAGACGACUUCAUUGAGAAGAUUUAAACUGAGAUGUAGUGAGGUGUGACUGACACUAUAUACUGUACAUGUUGUAUAACAAUUAAAAUUACUACUGGAAGGUGUUACACCCACUUUAUCUAAGAUCAUUAUUAAACACAUAUUUACUUGAUCUUUUUGUUUUAUCAGAUGUCUUUCUUCUCUGUUUUUCGUGUAAAGCACCUUAAAUAACCAUGUAUGCAAAGAGGUUGUACAAAUGUCUUGCUUUGCCUUUUUUUAAUCAAUUUCAGAUUGCAUAAAUAUCUGCUAUGUAAGAUGAUGCAAAGCUAAGCAUGUCUGGGCUUUUGGGUUGAUUGGAAAUAGUGUCAUUUUGAUGUGAUGUGUGUCUGUCAGAAGUUUGAAUAAACUUCAUUAAUGUCACCUGUUAAACUUAUCGGUUUAAUAACUCUAAGUUUCUACCCAAAGUAGAGAAGAAACAAAUAGUAUAUAUAUAUGUUUUGCUUUAAUUAGGUAAUGUGAAGAAGCCUGGUUUACAAUUUAGCACAUUUCAUCAAUUGUAUUCCACUGCUGUAAAAUAACAGGAACACCAGGAUCACAGGUGGCGCUGUUGUUUAAAGUUUCAUAUCUUUUUUACAAACAGUGAAUAAAAAGAAAAACAGA